AUGCAGGAGUUCAAACAAGACUUCGAAAGGAUCUCUUCAGGAUGCGCCACAUCGUUGCAGCAUAUUCACCACCAGCCGCUCUACAAGGACGAGGAGGCGCCGUGCUCCUUCGACCGGGUCUCGGUAAGGUACCUCCUCAGCUUCCCCGCGGCGCCCUACACCAAAGCGAUACUUGCUAUCCUGAACGAUGCCUUGCUGAUCACCUCCACGGAGGGGUCCACCACAGGCGCCGCGAAGCAGCUAUUGAGAUUCAGCUCAUUGCGGGUUCGCGGGAACCCCUGGGCCCUUCAAGCCCUCAACGACUUCAAGCUUUUGGUGCACGUUGAAAAGGGCCCCGAGUUGCGCAACGCCAUGGGACACAUGCGUCUGGAAGUUUUCACCGACGAGUUCAGCACGAGGUUUCACAAACUAAACUUUGGCAAGCUCCGCAACAGGUUCUGGGAGGAGCGAAUGUCGCGGGCGAUGCCAGUCGGCCAGACGGAGCUGGACCAAGCGAAGAAGCGCCUUGCCGAUUCCAAGACGAACUCGUUCAGCGCUGGAGGCAGCGGCAAGCAGCACGAGCCGCGCGACCCCAAGAGCCGUCGCCAGCACUCCCCCAGGGGGGCAGCCGACACGGCCAUGGCGGAGGACAGCGACACGGAUGGCGAGACUGCGACAGAGAUGAUGAAAGGAGUUCUCAACCACGCACAGCGUCAGCGAGCAGUCGAAGGACGCUUCUUCAGCACGCACGUGCUGCCGAAAGAACGCGGCAUCAGCCUUGCUGCCAUCGGGGCCGCUCAGAAGUACGCAGACGUGGUGAAGGAGAAGCCCGCGGACCACGGACUUGGCCCUCCCAGCUUGCAGGUGAGCUUGGCGGUUCUCGAGGCGCUGGUCAAUCAGGAGACGCUGAAGCAGAGCCCCAACCUGCAGGAGCACAUGCAGUCAGUGACGAAGCUCAUCCAGCACGUGAAGGUGCAGCCGAUGGCCGUGGCAUGCAAGACGCUCCGCUACUGGAAAGCGAAGACCGCGCGCGUGAAGGAAGGUCCGCGCGCCGGGGCCCGCGUCGGCAGCGCCGCUCCGAGCGGCCCGGGGAAGAAUGAGGACACGCUCGUGCUGCUGGGCCCGGUCAACGGCAAGGUGACGCACUGCACGGGGAACGUCCUCAUCGAGAUCGACGAAGACAGGAGCAUCACCUGCGAGGCGGGCCCCUGGGCGAGGGCGACGAGCAAGAGGGGGAGAGAUCGCGGGUCGGGGAGGAGGAUCUCGUAUGGCAGACCCGACCGUGCCACCUCCAUUAGCUGGCCCUUCCCGAGGUGCGCCAUCCGCUUCUUCCCCCUGCCCGCGGUGCAGCAGGAUGAGCUCAGGGAGCGCGGCUGCGUCAUCCGGACGCUGCCGCACCCGAGCGAGAUGAAGGAGAUCCGGAUUUGCGCAGUGAGCUGCGACUGGUGCCCCUGGCGGCUGGACGAGCCGAAGUGCAAGGUGGAGAACCCUUGGAACCGGGUCGCCCAGCUGUGCAAAGACGGCGAGAUCGACCUGAUGUUCCACCUCGGGGACCAGGUGUACACGUGGGAGAACGGAUGCCAGCUGGCGGCGAUGCGGGCGCUAGACCUGUGUGCGAUGCCUGGCGUGGGCGAAGACCUGGUCCAGAAGAUGAAGAAGCUCGGGGCGCGGAAGCUCCAGGAGGCCUACCAGGCCACCUGGAACGUCGAGCACACCGCGAGGUCCCUCUCGCACUCGUCGCACCUCAUGAUCUGGAGCGACAACGACGUGACCAACGAUUUCACAAUAGCGAGGAAUAAGGACGGGUAUCAGAGUUGGGACAAGGAGUAUUUGAGCACCGCAAUGCGCGUGUACAGGAUGUACCAGAGGGCCCUGCACGAUCCAGCUGUCCUCACGGACCAGCAGCAGUUGGAUCACAGAAAAGAGGUGGAGGAGUGGGGUCGGCAUAUUUACGGUCCGCUGGGUGUCUUCUUUAUUGACAUGAGGGGCAACAGAAUACAGCCCAACGGGGAGAUCAAGCCGAAGAAAGCGAACCCCACCGACAAACUUCCAUCCGUCAUGAGCGACAAGCAGAGGAAGGAGAUGCUGCAGCUGUUCGACAACAAGGACCUCAUGUGCAUAAUAGUGUGCGCGGAGAUCCCUUUCGUCGGCGAGAACCCCAACGGGAUUCAGGAGAAGGCCCUGAAGUUCCCGAUGCUGAAGGACCACUGGUGCUACCAGAUGGAAGAGCUGACCUUCAUCCUCGACGCUGCGUUCAAGUUCAAGGCCUCGAAGCCAGGCCGCGAGUGCAUCCUGCUCGGCGGAGACAUCCACGUGAGCGUGGACACCAUCAUCACAGAGAUUAGCACCGGGAUAGAGGUUUUGCAGCUGACCACGAGCCCGAUCACCAACGACGUCUCCCGUUUCCGGCCCGACUUGGAAGGCACGAUCGACAACAGAUAUUCUUACAAGCACAACCCGACGCCGUACGUGAAGCAGCGGACCUUUGCCAUGCUCAAGAUCAGCUUCGAAGGUGACGACAACAUGUGCACCGCAAAGUGCCGGAUGGAGACCGUGGACACCGUGCCGAGCACGGCCGUCUGAGCCCCGCCUCCGCCGGGGACCCCCCGCGGCGCCCGAUCGGCGGGCGCUCGAUCGAGGCGACGCAGCCAGGAGCGCCGGGGGGCUUCAAAUUCUCGGAGGAGCCUUCCGUGCGGCCUUGCGUGAAGUUUUUUUGGGGCGCCCGGCAGGGGCACGGCCGCGGCUUCGCUCGUCCAUCGAGCCAGCGAGGUGCUCGACGCGGCUCCUCGAGGCGCUCCGGCGGAGAGCCUCGAGGCUCGUCGGGCCAAUGUUUCAACCUCGAGGUGCUCGAUGCCAGGAGGUUGCGCGGGCCUUUCUGGGGGGCAGGCUGCGGCAGGUUCCCCGGCGGGGGCAGAGGGGAGCAGCAGCAGAUGGGGG